GGAACGACCAAGCACGCAACACCAAACUGGGAACUCAAAAAUGUCUUCCUCAGGCCAGUCGGCGGCAGCGCACUCCUUUAACAAGAUCCUGCAUCAGCCCAAGUCGUCCAAGUCUAAACGAUCUGGGGAUGUCGAUGAUAGCCUUAAAAAGCUGAGACGGAUGAUUCUAGUCGAGGGUAUUCCCUCCACCGUCGACCCAACCCUCCGACCCCGCAUAUGGAAGAUUCUACUGAGAGUCGAGGAUAUUUCUGCGGAAAGUUUCCUGCAGUAUGUCUCCAGGGGACCUUGCGAGGUCAGGGAAAAAAUCAGGAAUGAUACAUUCAGGACUCUUGCCACUGAUCGUGGAUUCAAGGAACGCGUCCGCGAAGAUAUGCUCGUCCGUCUGCUAGACGCUUUCGUGUGGCGGAACCACGACCGACAGGAAACCCAACAACUUGGCUUCACAUACGUGCAAGGGAUGAACGUCCUCGCCGCCCCGUUCUUGUACACGAUGCCCUCGGAACUUGAAGCGUUCUACUGCUUCGCCAAAUUCAUAGAGGAGGCGUGUCCACUCUACGUGCAGCCAACCCUCGAAGGCGUUCACAGAGGCCUCAAGCUUCUCGACCGUUGCCUGCAGAUCGUAGACCCGGACCUUUUCAAUUACCUCCGAAUGAAAAACCUAUCUGCAGAGAUUUAUGCCUUUCCAUCCGUCCUCACGCUGUGCGCAUGCACACCUCCCUUGGACCAGGUUCUUCAGUUAUGGGACUUCCUCCUUGCAUUUGGCGUGCAUUUGAACGUAUUAUGUGUUAUUGCCCAACUGUUGCUGAUAAGGGAUGAAGUUAUGAAUUCCUCAAGUCCGAUGAAACUCUUGAGGACAUUCCCUCCACUAGAAGCGACCCCUGUCAUGGGUAUCGCGGUCACCCUCGUCAGAGACCUACCCACAGAACUUUACGACGAACUUGUGCGGCACCCAUACGAAAUCCGGGAUAUGUAAUACUGUGACGGCACGAUUCCACUUUCUAGACUCGCUGUGUAAAAUCCACCCCGUUUUUUGGCUGUAUUUCUCCUCAUAUGUAGUCUAUCUGACAUGUCGUUGUUACCUCGGUCUUUGAUGAAACCAGUCGUUCGG